AUGGAUGCUUUACACAACCUUACUUCAGAUGGCCUGCAGCACGAAAUUGUUAUAACUUUAAAAGACUUCGAUAAUGUUCAGACAUAUGCCAGAUACGAUAACAUUGUCAUCGGCAGUGAGGACGAGCAAUAUACUCUGAAGACGUUGGGUGUUUAUAGCGGCAAUGCAGAAGAUGCAUUGAGACAUAAUGUGGAUGAGAAUUUUACAACCCUCGAUCGAGAUAAUGAUAAGCACCUGAUGAAUAACUGUGCUCAAAUCUUCAGUGGACCAUGGUGGUAUUUCCAAUGUAAUCCUGGUAGCCAGCUCUUUGGACCAUACAACAGUGAGCGCUAUAACAAAAGAAUUCGAUGGAGUCUUGAAAAGGAUAACAACGUCAAAUUUGUUGAAGUAAAAAUGAAACAUACAGGUCCAAAAAUAAUGUAG